AUGAGAGAAGGCAAGAGAUCUUACUUUAGAAGAGAUAAGAGCAGUUCCUCGUCGGAAGAACAGAGGGACCGGGUUCGGGGCAGCAGCAGUAGCAGCCGAGAAGCAAAGCCCAAGUCCAAGGCCAAGCGCAUGUUCUCGAGAAAGGCCAAGAAGAGGAAGAAAUCCUCCAAGUCCCAAAAGAUGGCUUCCGAGACAACGGCCUUGUCGCCCACGACGGACAAUCACAAAGCCGUCGAUGUCAAACAUCAACACUUUCAUAUACCCCAAAAAUUCAAGUUUCUCGACACUCCCACUCCCCAGCAGACUACUGAUGAAUCUACGGAUACCGGUACAGAUCAAGAUGACUUUGGAGUAUUGGAUGAACAGGACGAAAACGUCAAUCUUGUGAGCACGGAACACAGCUAUAUCUCGGAUAACGAUCCCUACAUUUACAGUGAUGACAGUGAAUCCUUUUCAGAUGCUUACUUCCGGCCACAAAUCAGUGAUUAUCCAGCUGUCCUCUAUCCCCGGAGCUCAUCCCAUGGCUCGUUUACGUCUUCCUUCAGAGAUGAACACAGAAUAGGAAUAACAGACGAAGGGCCAUGGUCAGCAACAUCACCUCCUCCCUUGCCUCCAGGCAACCCCAUCAAUCCGUUUCACAACAACACACCUCCUCAUGCUUUAAACUACUCGACGGUGAUGCUGGGGCAAGCAACUUCCGAUCGAUCGGGUUCUCCUUUCAAACAUUCUGGGUCGAGCAUUGCAUCCAUUCUCGAAGACUCUCCCGCCGACGAGGAACAACAACAGCUAUUGGGUGACGACCUUGCAGGACAUCACUACUAUGGAGGCUUGCAAAACACGCUCAACAUUGGUACACCUGCGGGUGCAGCAGAAGCAGAUGCACAAUAUUUGAGGCAAACAAAGAAGGAACGACGGAAAAUACGCAAGCAACAAAAGGCAGCAGCCAGACAACGCCAAAUGCAAAUGCUCCAGAAUCAAAAGCAGAGGGAACAAGCUGUUAGAGAACGAACCGUCUCGGAAGUGAAAGGGCGACCUCAGGAUGAAACGGUUUGUCGAGACUCCGUCUAUGCCUAUGUCUUUGUAGUUCAUCUCCUUCUCGUCUUUGCCUUGGCUGUGAACUCGGGGACAACAGUCAUGUUUUCCAAAGAUGCUGCGACGUGGGGUACGAUCGCGCAGACAAGCAAAACAAACACCAAUACUGCGACAAAUACAAAGACGACUUUCUUCCAAAGGAACAAAGCUAAAAGGCGCUUGCUGGAUCGAAUAUUCAUCGAAACAGCCGACUAUCCCUUGUUCAGACGACUUGACAGCCCCCUGCUCGACACAGGCAACACAAUAUCAAAGAACUCGUCUCUACAUGAUGUUUUGCUCAAGAAGAAUGACACAAAGGAUCUUUUGAGUGAUGAUGCCAUUGCACCAGAGGAUAGCAAGAGCUCCUCGUCGUCAUCUUCAUCAUCCUCCUACUCUACGAAAACACCUACUAGCCCUCCGGCUCCUACACCCAACAAGAUCACCGAUCCAACAUCUUUUACGAUUGAUUACCGGAACGCCAUAGCAUUGCUUGGUGUGUCGGGCUUCUACGCUUGCAUCCUUUCCUACCUUAGUUUCGGGUUCAUGCUGAUCAUGUCGAGAGCAUUGAUUCAGGUGACACUCGUCUUUUCCAUCAUCUUGUCGCUCGCAUGGGGCAUGUUGGGAUUGACGAUUGAUCCCUACGGAGUCAUAUCCAUUAUGGGUUUUGGAGCCCUGCUGCUCACGCUUGGAUACACCAUUUACAAUUGGCAACGAGUGCCGUUUGCAUCAACAAAUCUACACACGGCGCUCUGUGCUAUGCGAUGUACGAGCGAUAUCACUCUCUUGGGCAUGGGCGCCAUCUUGGUUGCUUUUGCCUGGACUGUGGUUUGGGGCAUGGCGUUCAUUGGCGCUGUGGAUACCUUUGAUCCCAACAAGUGCACCAACCAGAGUCUCUGUGUCUUUGAGAUUCCACUCAUUCGGUUUGGGUUGUACGGAUUCUUCAUCAUCUCCUUCUAUUGGACAAAUGCAGUUAUCAAAAACAUUUUGCGGGUGACAGUGGCCUCAGCUAUUGGUACUUGGUGGUACUAUCCGCAAGAGAUCAGUCCAAUAUGCAGCCCUGCUGUAGGACAGCCGUUGCUGCGAUCGCUCACAAAGUCGCUUGGGUCAAUCUGCCUCGGAAGCUUGGUCUCUCGUCCACUUCAGUGCAUUCAUAUGCUUGGACAAUGCUUUUUCUGCAUGUGCAACUUUCGCAGGCACACAGCGCCAACGGUGUUCUCCGAUGAAGCAGAUGAGGAAGGCGAGACUCGUGAGAAGGAAACCAUGGGUGGUGGUGAUGUGGAGUCUGCGCUAGUCGUACCGGCAACUCCUACGGGUACCGCAAGCCUGAAUGGUAGCACAGUGAGCAAAGACGCAAAGCCAAUUGGAAGUAGACUGCGCUGUUUCAAUCAUCCUACACCUACAUUGGAAUGUAUGGCUACAACUUUUGCGAAGGCGGAGAGAAGGCCAUCCAAUUGUUUGAAGCACGUGAAUGGAUGGAAGUUGUCAGAGACAACCUUAUUCAGAACGUGCUUUUGA